AGUUUUCGGGCGAUCCGCGUGUGAAGACCAGUCCUCGCUGUGCUGGUUUGCAUUAACUCUCAGGGCGUCUCCGAGUGACUGUGCCAAUAAUAAUAUCUUCCAUCAAAACUCAUACGAGAUCAUGAAUGGGGUUGCCCAGAGAGUUGCAGCAAGCAAAGAAAGCCUUAUCGAGUGACGCUAACCGGAGACGAUGUACUAGAGUGCGGGCGUGCGGGCGCGCGGGUGAUGUGUCAAGUGUGAGUGUGGGGGGGCUGUGAUGAUGACGAGGGCCGCGGAGGGCCCUCCCUGACACUGUGUGGGUGGUAUGUGAGGACGACAUGCGGGUAGCAACCGCACCCGCAGUCAGGCCACCCGCGGGUGGCAGUCCUCACCCGCACACUACCCACAUGAGCCUAUGGCCGCCCGCAUCGUCCUCGCCGGAGGUGGUGGUGGGCGUGGAAGUCCCGGAGACGUAUCAUCAGUGGUGGAACGAGUGGACCAACACUUCGGACGAAGAGGCCAAGUCACUGCUGGACGUCGACACGGACGAUACUCUCUCUAGCGGCAACUGGACGCUGGCAGAUGAGAACUGGACGCUGGCAGAUGAGAACUGGACGUUGACAGGCGACAACUGGACGACGGGAAGCGACGGAGAGCAGGAGGCAGCGUCCUCAGCAUCCAGGUGCUGUUCACAGCACUCACAGCCGUCAUCUUGGGCGUGAUGAUCCUCGCUACCAUCGUGGGUGAGUACCUUAUGGGUG